UUUGAAAAUGUUCAGGUAAUGUGGCGGCCAACUGGAGUAAAAUGUGAAAAAAGAGAAAAAUUUAUAAAAAUUUUAAGAGAUAAAUACAAGGCAAAAAUAGGUGAUUACUGGGAUUUUCAUAAGUGGUCCGUAGAAUACUUGGAGGAAUUUUGGACUGAAAUUUGGGAUUUCACUGAAAUAAUAUAUUCAAGAAAAUUUGAUAAGGUAAUUGAUUUAAAUAUUCCAAUGAAUGAUAUACCUCGAUGGUUUGAAGGAGCGAAGUUAAAUUUUGCAGAAAAUCUUCUCAGAAAUAGAGACGAUCGAACAGCUUUAAUCUUGACAGGUGAAGACAGAGAAACAAGGAGAAUGACUUACGCAGAAAUGUAUGAAACGGCAAAACUCUAUGCUGCUUCAUUUCGUAAGUUUAGAAUCAAGAAAGGAGAUAGAAUCGCCAGUUAUAUCUCAAACAGAGAGGAACCAGUCUUCGCCAUGCUUGGGGCUGUUAGUCUAGGAGCUAUAUGGACAGGAGCACUACCACUUAUAGGAGCAGAGGCUGCUUUAAAUCGCUUAAAGCAAGUUCAGCCAAGAAUCCUGAUCACUAUUGACAGAUUCAGAAACAAUGGAGAAGAAAUAGAAAUGUUGGAUAAAGUAAAAGAAAUAGCUGAAAAAUUGCCAAGUUUAGAAAAAGUAAUCAUUGUUCCAUCGAAGAAAGAAUCUAAACUGAAGGAUAUUAGUGGAAUCAAAAACAGUUGUUUUCUAGACGAAUUCCUACAGCUUGGAUUUGAAAAGGAUGGAUCAAUCUCUCCUAUGGUGUUUGAGCAGGUCUCCUUCUCACACCCUGUCUUUAUUAAUUAUACAUCUGGAACAACAGGAUUGCCGAAAGUACUGAUACACGGAUGUGGGGGACUUCUUACAACGGCCAAAGAACAUUAUCUGAAUAGGGAUCGAGAUCUUGGAAAACAAAUCAAUUUAUUAUUAAUGUCUCCUGCAGGCUGGGUUUCGUGGAAUAUAUUUAUAUCAUAUAUUUACACUGGAAUCACGAUAAUUGUUUUUGAAGGUGUCCCGUAUUUCUUGAGUCCCACCUAUCUCUGGGAUCUGGUCGAUAAAUAUCAAAUAUCGACUUUGUUUUUCACUCCAAGCAUUUUAGACGAGUUAGAGAAAAGAAAUUAUGUUCCAACUAGUAAGCACUCUCUGGAAUCUCUUGAGCUCUUCAUAAGUGGGGGAAGCAUUGUGAAACCGAAUAAUUACGAAUUUGUGUAUAAUAAGGUGAAGAAAGAUAUCAUUUUUACAUCUAGCUAUGCAUCUACCGAAUUGAUGGGUUCGUGCAUGAUUUUUGAUAGAACCUUGCCCAUUUAUAGAGGGGAAAUCUCAUGUCCAUCUUUAGCGAUCGAUUUGGCGUGUGUUGACGAUUCAGGAAAUAGUGUACUUGGAGAAGUCGGAGAAUUGGUGAUAAAAAAGCCAACACCUUCACUACCUCUCGGAUUGUGGGGUGACUCAGAUGCUUCCCGAUACAAGCAAGCGUAUUUUUCAAAAUACUCAAGAAAAUUUGCAUUCGAUGAUUUGGCAAUCAUUAAUCCUGUAACAAAAGGAAUUAUUAUCCUAUGCAGGAGUGACGAAACUUUGAAGCCAAAAGGAUGUCGAUUCGGUAGCUCCGAAAUUUAUAACAUUGUGAAUUUUCUUCCCGAGAUCCGUGACAGCCUGUGUGUCUCGCAGUACAGCAAGAAUCGCAACGAAAGAGCCGUUUUGUUCGUGCAAAUGAAGGAUGGGUAUUGUUUUAAUCAGAAACUAAUUGAACGGAUUAAAUCGGAAAUUAAGAGUGGUUUAUCUGUUAGGCAUGUCCCCGAACUCAUCUUGGAAACGAAAGAUAUUCCCCACAACCUGACUGGCAAGAAAAUGGAGAUAGUGGUGAAGAAGAUAAUAAAUAACAUGCUUUACAAUGUUGAGACGGUUACAAAUCCAGAAAGCUUAGAAAAUUUCAGAAAAAUACCUCCUUAUGAAGACUGAGAGACGAAAAUGUUUUUCAUCAAAAUCAA